AUGAGAAGAAUUUUGCUGGGUUGUUUAUUGCUCAUUGCCAUACGGUUACAUGUUCUUUACUAACUUAUCAUAUCAAACAGAAAAUCGAUUAUGGAUUACAAAAUGCAUUGCAUAUUACAGCUAUCUACUCUGAAAUGCAAUUUAGAUUGACAUACAUACAUAUAUAUUUUGCUCUGUCUCAUUUGAAAAAAGAUUGAAAAAAUCAUCAAAACUGAACACAUGAACUAAAUUGUACAAAGUGUCUUUGUUCCCACAGAGACAUUAUUACCGGUGCAUUCAUUUCGACAUGUCUGUCAAAGUAAGGAGCCUUGUUUUACCUUUUUUUCUAUUCCAAAAAAACAAAACCUGGAUAUUAAUCGUCAUCAUUUGCUUCUGAUUAAAGAGCUGAAGAGACUUUGUCAUUUCAUUACCACACACUGCCAGGUUGAGUCUGGUUUCCAGGGAAACUAAAAAUCAGAAGCCUAUAGUACUCACAGCCACAGUAAAAUCCAAGGACCACCAUCCAGUGAGAUUCUUCUGGAAACAAACAAUAUACAGUCUGCCUCUUAUCAUUACGAGCACCUACCAGCGGAGCUUGAAGAAUCAUUUUGUGCCCUGGAUCUUAAGUCUUUGAAAUAUGGAUACAGUUCUUGGUCAGUUGUGCAGUUGAGCAAAACCAUCAGUGGUGUGAGACAGUUCGAAAUUUACCACCCCUGACCGACAACCAAACGUCUUGUCUAAUGGAGGGUCCUGUUCUGACAGAAAGUGAAGUUUGGAAAGUUGGUUCGGGGACCAACACGAGUGACAGAAUUGACUUUUCACCCCUUAUGAAGGACGAAAGCUUAACGAAAGAGUCCGCAGUCCAAGAGGAGACCUGCAGCAACAUCGAGGAGCCGUCUGAUCCGGAGGUUACACCAGAUCAGAUCAAGUCAGUAAUUCCACAUGACAUGAGAUUAGAAGAGGAUGUAUCUUCAACUCAAACAGAAGCCAGGAGCGAUGAGACAUCUGAGCCAGCAAGUAAGCAAGAGAUGUGUUAUAUCCAAGCAGAGUAUAAGAACCAACAAGACCUUAACCAGGAGAUCACUAUACUGGUGACCAAUCACGAUUGUACUUUGGAGGAUGAUGCGAAUGAGGAUUUUGAGGAGCAGAAGAUGUGCCAUGUUGAAUUCAAGAGCAUCUCUUCAACAGAACCAAUUGAGGAAGAAAGUCAAGAUGGUUCCAUCGUCGUGGCGAACGUGAUUGAGGUCAGUCAGGUCCAGAAGGCCAGCGUGACAGGUAAUAUAUCUACCGAGCAAAAUACUAAUGCCGAGGAACCCAAAUCGCCUAGAGAUCAAUCCAGAGAGGUCAAAAAUAAAGAUGAGACGGACUUUAAAAAAGCCCCCUCAGAUUCAAACCCUCCACAGACAACGGAUGCAAGCAGUACGUGUGCUAACACAAACACUGAACCCAGAGCAUCAGUGGAAGUCUGCGGUGUAAAAGAUCAAACCAAACAAACUGAAGGUGAAGAAAUAACCAUAAAACUAAAGAAAACAGAAUGCAGGAAUGCUGGUCGGCCCCCUCAAGAGACACUCGCUCUGACUCGGUCGCCCGGACGCCAACAGCACGUUCAAACCCAAGUCAGCCUGGAGGUGAUGUAUCAGUCCGUGGCCACCAGUCCCAUGACACCUCAAGAGGGUUCUGCUGCAUUUCUGUUCCCAAGCUCCUUUGGGAAGUUGGGAAGCAGUUGCACUACGGAGGCAGCCCAGAGCACUGAGACCAAAGAUGCUGAGCUCCAGGUGGGCCACGAGGUGGAGUUUCGAUCGGUCGCCACAGCUCCGAUGACACCUAUAAUCCUGACCGCACCUGAGUUUAUUCCUGAACCGGAACCUCGGAUAGGGAUGACGGCGGAACAGCCGGAACCCGUGCAGGACGUGAGCUGGGAUGAGAAGGGAAUGACUUGGGAGGUGUACGGUGCUGUGGUUGAGGUGGCAGUGUUGGGAACGGCCAUCCAAAAACAUCUGGAGAAGAAACAGAAGAAACUUUCGACAGUGCCCGUGUCUACAGAUGCUCCACAAACUGAUACGAUGGAAACAUCUGUGCCCGUCCCUUCCAGUCCUCCACCCACACUGGACCCUAGCGAGUUCAACCCAAUCACAGAACAGAGUACGAAAAUUGAGGAAAAGGAAGAGAAUGGGGGCAGGCGUCGGCAGAAUGCGUUUCGCCGGUGGUUUAGGAACGCCAGGCGGCCGAGCUGUUGUUCAAGACCACGUCAAAAUGAGGAAAACUGAGGAACUUUGGCUUCAGUGAUGGCCAUGUGCAGGACUGGGUUGUGUUUUUAAGUACAGACAUUAUAUGGAUGGUCAUCCAUAAUCAUUUUUUGGUUUGUUUUACGUGCAUACGCUCUAUGAAAUUAAGUUUCUUCUUGCUUUCUGGCUUUUUGCUAUAAGUAUUUUGCUUCUGUCAAAAUGUGCUGCACAGAUGUUUUUGUGGUCAGUGAGGAUCACUUUUAAAGUGCCCUUUUAAAUUAGUUCUAUUGGAGUGAUUUUACCUUUAAAAUUUAUUUAACUACAUUUUGAAAAAUGUUGGGUUAUUUUCAACCCAUGAUUGGAUCAAAAGGGAUAAACCCAACCGCUGUGUUGCAUAAAUUAACCCAAAAAAGUCCAUAAAUGACCCAACCAUUGGUUAAAACAACCCAACAUUUUGGGUCAGGUUAAUUCAUAACCCAACAGUUGGGUUGAUCCUUUUUUGACUCAACCAUGGGUUUAAAAUCAUUUUUUUGUUGAAGUCUAUAUAUAAAUAUAUAUUUAACUUUAUAUAUUUACAGCAGCAGUCUGUAACUUUUGCCUCUCUAUCAUAAUCUGUUUAAACAUAAAAUUGCAGGUUACGUUGUGUACUUAUAUUUUUACACAUUGAAAACAACAUGACAGUUUUUGAGAAAUUAAAAAAUCUGACCUGACAGAUCAAAUCAUAAUUAUAAGCUUACCGUUGUGAAACAGGGUAAUGUAUGAAGACAGUUUUGAUUUUUUGUAUAUUUGCUCAUUAGAUUAGAUUAGUUUCUUUUUAACAACACCAAAAAGGCUGCGGAGCUUUAAGGAGCCGUAAAAACAAAAUUUAUAGAGCAAAAUAAAUAUUUACAUUUUUGGUGUUUCAGGCAUCUCAAGAUGACGCUUUUGCAAUGGUGAAAUGUUUGGUGUUCUUUUUAGAAGUUUCAAACCUUUUUCUAUUCGCUUUUGUAUAACUGUCUGGUUUUUAGUGGAUUUGUCUUGUAUCUGCAGUUAAGCUCAGCAAACCCAUCGCAAGCAGGCCUCACGUCCACUGUGAUGGUUUGUGACUAUUGUGAUAGCUGUAAAGUGAUAUAGUUUUAAAAUUAAACCACGUCUAUAAAAAACACUUGGCUUGUCACUAAUGUUGCUAACUUUAUUUCAUUAAUGUAGCAAAAUUAAAAGAACAUUCCAUCAAAUAAUUGCACAUAUUCAUCAAUACACCAUAUAUAGACAAUUUAAGUUAUGUACAUCCUGGUCAGUAAGAUCUGAGAAUUCUAUUUGCUUGCUUUGAUUUGACUCGGGCAUUAACCAAGCCGGCUGGUGCAAGGUAACAUUUGGCAGGGUUCACAAGCAGUGCCAUUCAGUAAAUUUGAUGUAAAUUAGUUUGUUUAUGUAGUAUUUUAUCUUGUCAUUCAUGUGCUUUGUUCAUAUAUAUUGCAAGAAAUUAAAAAAAGGUGCAGCUGUGGCAAUUUCAAAGC